UGAGCUUUGUGGGAGAAACCUCAGCUGCUCCGGUGUCAUUUCUCAGCAGCUCCACCAUGACUCGAGUCUUUAUUUGGUGUCUUCCUUCGUGUACGUUUUGAGAAAACUCAAAGCACCGGGUUUCAAGCACAAAAUGGAUUUAGCUCGACUUCAUCCCGUUGCCUUUCUUCUCGCGUGGAUAACCGUUGCAGCGGGCCUCGUGGAGCCGCCGGCCAACGUGACCCUGUACUGCCACAAUCUGACCAACAAACUGAUGUGGGAUUACAACCAACUCACACCGGGGCUUAAAUUCCAUGUGCACAUCCAACCAUAUGAUGGGGAUGCUCAAGAACUUUGGGUGGAGCCACCAGAUCUACAAGCUGAUCUAUCAUUUCUCCCAAGUGAAACUGCCGAGUUUUUCCUUACUGUAAGCGCCGUAAUGGGUGAGAACAGGUCUUCUCCAUCCCCCGAGGAUGGAAUCGUUCUCACCUACUCCACAGUGUCUCUCGUGCAACAUGAUUGUUACUUGGACCUCCCACCAGUGAACGUCACCAUUCAGCCACACGACCAGGUCCACGUCAGCUUCGAGCAUCCCUGGCUGUUCUACAAGCCAAAACGCAGGAACAGGAAAAGCCAUGACGCACAGAUCAGCGAACGACUGCCUAAUUUUAGUUAUGAAAUCAUGCUCAUGGACCAGGGGAAGUGGUCCCAUCACAGCAGCUGUAAGGACAGUGUGUGUGAGAGUAAGCUGCCCGUUCAUGUUGCAAAGAAGACUCACUGUCUGAAGAUCAACGGAGAGCUGAAGCGCAUGCACGUCAAGUCCAAGCAGGAGUACUGCACCUCAACAUUAGAGGAAACACCCUUUCAUUAUUACAUUUACAUUAUAGUCGCUGUGGUGGUCUUGAUUGCACUUGCUGCUAUUUUCUCCAUGGUGUACCGCAAGAAGACCCGACCAACUUUGUCUUUACCCAGCGCUAUGACGUUCGGCGACAAGAUGAUAAACUCGACAAACCGGACCAUGGGACCAGUUCAAGAACAAGUGGAUCCGUGUGAGCCUUCCUCACCCACACCUCUGCUGCCCGACCUGAAGGAGGAUGAGAAAGAAUUCCCUCCUGCUCGUGACUAUGACUUGCGUUUGCCCAUCGGCGUGUCGCCUCUGGACGAAGGUGUGCCUGAUGACAGGGAAACAGGGGAACCGAACGUCGAAGGAUCCGAGUACAUGCAGGGCAACAACUUGGAAGAUGGAUCCGACACAGGCUACGAGAAACGUCCAGUGUUUGUUAACUUGGCGCCAGACGAAACGGCCGAGGGCUACCGAGGCUGAGCGUGGGAUAGGAUCAACUGAGGCAAAACUAUCGAGGAGUAAAAUUCACUUGGCUUGCUGUUGUUUCCUUAUCGGUGCCGCGCUCAACUCUUGUUGCAUUUUACGUUGUGCUAACAUGCUAACAAAGGACUGCAAUCAGCUUUUGUGAAACUAUAUCUAACAAAGUUGCACAUUUCUUGGUGGUCUAACGGCUGUAAGAUGAACUAAGUCCAACUGAUGACUGAAACCGACUCAGAAGACAUGAAAGAACCCCUGCAGCUCCCUCACUGGUUGUGUUGACCUCAAGUUUAUCAUGUGACGGCUUCAUCGCAAACUGUACUGGAUGUGAAAUGCAGACAACUUUUGUUUCUCUCUUUAGUUUUGCACAAGUGGGGACAUUAACAUUUGCGUACUAGUCUACAUCUGGAUUUAUGUUUUUCUCUUUGUGGAUGAGGAAGAAAGACAGAAAGUGUUGCACUAAAUUAGCUUUUAAGUUGGUAAUCCUGACUCCUAAGCACUUUUGCAUUAUUUGCCAUUAUGAUGAAAGUCCAAAUGAAACAUUGACUGAUUGCCAAGUAGCCCCAUUUUCUUUUAGCUCUCAGUUUUAACGCUUAGACGAUCUUUGGCUCCGCUUAUGACAAUGCUCGUCCCUAUCAGUUUGAGCCAGCUUGUCAUGAUGAGGCCUUAGCAGUGGAAGCAGCAGACGGGUAACAGAGGAGACGGUUCGAUUAUCCUCAACAGAGAAGACAGAAGCGGACGCCGUGGGAUGAAGAAAUCUGAACUAUGACUUUCUGCAUGAGGUGAUGUUCUGCUGAUUUACUUCAUCGAGUCAAAUAUAAUAAAAAUUCAAUAUCAUGUACGGCAAAGAC